AUGGCUCUAGAACGCCUGACCUCACCUUGUACCCCCAGGGGUUCCCCAAUCCCUCCCGGCUCACCUCAUAACCCAACCCCUGCUCCGCAUUCUCCAAUACCCACUCUCGCAGACUUACCCCGCAUGGAGCUGGAAAACAAGGAUGUCGAAGACCUCACGCUGGCUCAAGCCUUGCUUGCCCAAUCAUCCAGAAAUACCCCUAAUGGUGUCUCCGCACGCACUAAGAUUAAGGAGCUGGACACUUUCAAUGGCUUUGACCCACAAAAAAUUUGCUCCUUCAUUGUGCAAUGCCAACUGAAUUUCAACAACUGUCUGGGCGCAUUCCGAACUGACCGAGCAAAUAUUAACUACGCUAUCUCCUUCCUUAAGGGAAUGGUGUUAGAUUGGUUUGAAUCAGAUAUCCUGACCCCAGACAACCUCACUACCAUUCCUAUCUGGAUGGGUGACUACUCCGAGUUCCUCUCUGAGCUCCACUCCAAUUUUGGGCCUCACAACCCCAUUGGAGAUGCGGAGUCACAGAUCAAGCACCUCCAGAUGUGCCACAAUCAAUGUCUACAUGGGUAUAUGGUGGAAUUCAAUUGUCUCACCUCCCAAAUCCAAGGAUGGGGCAAGGGCGCACUCUGA